UCUUUUAUAAUUUCCGAUCCGUUAAAGGAAAAGUUUUAUUAAAAAAGUUUCUUGAUUAAGUGUUUAGUAUUGGUUCGUGGUGAUUAAUUUUAUUGACUUAAUUAAGUUUUUGGUUGAUUUAUUGGUGUUCUUAUUAAGAGAUAAUAUAAAUUGAUAAAAUGGCAAGUGAAGAAGAACUUAAUAGGAGACGUCGCGAAGAAUGUGAACGCAAGGCCAGACGUGGGGAAAUGGACCCACGGCUGGAAUUUGCCUUCCAGCUCUUAAUAGACGCCACUGGAUUGAGCAGACAUGAAGUAAUGGAUUAUGUUUUUGAAGCUGACAUGUUAGAUGAGAUAAAUCAAAUCUUUCUACCUAACAUGCGUUCAAAAUUAAUGUGGUUUUAUCAAGACGUUGAAGAAACUGAACCUCAAACAUUAAGCGAAUCAAAACCAGGUCCAAGUAGACCAAUUGCUGGGGCAAUUUCAAGACCACAAGCUGUUGUUGCACCAGUUACAAAGAAAAAGCUUUUUUUAACUGAUGGAUGGGAAGUUCCUUUAACUGGGUUGUGCAUUUAUAUUUUUAGAACGAAUACUACUAAACAAUUACCAGAAGAAGGAUUUCAAAAAGAUUUAUUUUGUGGUAUUAUUGAUGCAGACAAAAUAGGAUUAGUAACAACAAUAGAAAGAAUAAUAGAACACGUCUUUAUGGAAGCUUUAGCACAUCCCAGCACCGAUUCCGAAGAUGAUGCUGUUAAUUGUCCAAUGGUAAAGAAUCAAUUAUUACCAGGAUUAAGAUCUUUUUGUAGUGCAUUAAGAGUUUGUGAAGAAGUUUGUGAUCAACCCAAUCUUUUUGACGACGGAGAAACACUUGUAAGCACUCUUACAGUAGAAGAUUUAAAAGAUAUCACCAAAAAACCGGAGCUUAUUAUACGUUUAGAAGAAAGAAUUAAACAAUGGAUUAAAAAAUUAUCUGAAAUUUUAAAGGAAAGUGAUCAAAUUCGACGAGAAAAUGAUAGUUCAGGUCCUCAAGAUGAAUUGGAAUACUGGAAAAAACGUGGAGCGCAAUUUUCACAAAUUGUAAAUCAAGUUCAAGAAAGAGAAGUUCAAAUGUCGAUAAAUUGUUUGCAAUUGGCACAUUCGAAAGUAUUAAAAGAAUGGAAAGAAACUGAUCAUAAAAUAACUUAUUGUUACAACGAAGCAAAAGAUAACGCAAAAUUUAUACAAGCGAUGGAAAAAAAUUGCCACUCUUUAUACUUAGAUGAUCCGGUUAAAAUGAAAGAUUCUCUUUUAGGUUUACUCCAAACGGUUCGUUUAAUACACACCGUUUCACAAUUUUAUAACACUUCCGAAAGAACUUCAGCCCUUAUGGUUAAAAUAACGAAUCAAAUGAUUGAAACUUGUAAAGAUUACGUAAACUGUCGAGGAAAUGAAACAAUUUGGAGUCAAAAUCGCGAAGAAAUGAAACAAAAAUUAACGAAUUGUACAGUUUUAAAUCGGGUUUAUCAAAAAACUUAUGCCACAGUUAGAAAUCAAGAAAUGUCAGAAAAUCGGAAUGGUUUUAAUUUUUCAGAAAAUUAUAUUUUUGGUAAAUUUAACGCGUUUUGUGGGAGAUUAGGAAAAAUAAUUUCAAUGUUUGAUUUAAUCGACGAUUACACGCAUUUAUUUAAAAGAAGAAUGGAAGGUUUAUUAAUGGGCGAAGCUCUUGAAGAAGCAAUGAAAAAAUUCGAAGAAAUCAAAGGGACAGUUAUGAAUAAAACUUAUGAUUAUUUAGAUCAAAGGAAUUCUGAAUACGACGCUGAUUAUGAAACUUUUACUUGGAAACUCGAUCAAUUAAAAGAAAAUAUUGCCGAAACGAUCGAAAAUAAUUUUGAAAACGUUUGGGAAACACCACAAGGUAUUACAUUUUUAACUCGAUUUGAAAUGGUUAGUGAAAAAAUUCCUUUAACUAAAAUGGAUGAAAAACACGAUCGAAUACUAAAAUAUUGUGAAAAAGAAGUCGAUAGACUCAUUAAACUUUACCGCAAACAAAAAGAUGAUCCACCAGUCCCCAGAAUGUUUCCACCAAUCGCUGGCAGAAUUAAAUGGGCAAGAUGUUUGGUUCAUCAUUUAGAUGAAUUAUUAGAAAGUGUCACGACCCAUCAUAUCUUAAAAUCCCUUCCAGCAACAGUUGAAUUAUCAAAAAGACAUAAAUCAGCAAACACAAUGUUAAAAACUUACGAAAAUGAUAUGGUUGCAAUCUGGAUGAAUCAACACGUUUGGGAUGUUGAUCAUUGCUUAACAAGAAAACUUUUAAUGAUUUGCCCAGAACUACAAAGAUUAGUUGUUAAUUUACAUCCAACAAUACCUUUAUUAAUAAGAGAAUCUGAUUUAAUGAUUAAAAUGGAUUUACCAGUCCCUAUGGUUGCUUUAACAUUGUAUGUUAAACAAGAUCAUUUUAAUUUAAUUAAAGAUUCAUUACAAUUCUUAAUAAAUAAUUUUAUUGAAAUUGUUAAAAGUGUAAAAUUAGAAGUUCGACCAUUAUUUUUACCACACCUUGCAAUAUUAACGCGAAUAAUCGAACCUGGUAUGAAAGAAAUUACCUGGGUUUCACAAAAUUGGAAAGAAUUUGUUGAUAAAGUUACCGAAACAACCGAAAAUUUUAAAAUCUUGGUAACAAGAGUACAUGAUGUUUACACAAAUCGAGUUUUAGAAGUUUUAAAAAGUAUGCAAAAUGUUACUCUUCAUGCCCUACCAGAAAAAGGAAAACCACCAUGGACAGUUGAAACGUUUUGUGAUGGUAUUGAGAAUAUUUGCAGAACGGGUGCUUUAGAAUUACAUCGUAAAAGUUUAAUGGUAGAAGAAGCGGUCGAAGAAAUCCUUUCUUUAGUAAAGAGAACUAGAAUUGAUGGAAGUGAUCCUUCAGAAGAAGAUGAAUUAUUUCCGGAAGAUGAUUCGAUCGAUGGGCAAAAUGAUGCAGAGAGUAAUUCAAGCCAACAACAAUCUGAUUGGAGCUUAGUUUAUGAGUGUUUUGAAAAGCCUCAUAUUUUACUUGGUGGAGGUCUUUCGAAAGCUAUGCAAGAUAUGGUUAAGGGAGCCGUUUCUGAAAUGCGAAAAUAUUAUAGUCGAAAAGUUAUUGAUGUUUUAAUUCGGGUAACUCGACACAGUUUGGAAGCGAUUAGGAAGAGAUUUUGUUUAAGUGAACAAUCUCAAGAUGGUCCAGUUUUCAUAUUAAACGCUGUUUUAAUGAUACCAAAAGUAGCUAUACAACCACCAUUAGAUGACGUACAAGAAGUUCUCAUAUUGGCCGGUAAACAUAUAACUUCAGUUUCGAAAGGUGUUGCUCAAUGGACAGGCGGUAAACCAAAGACACCACAAAAGGCUUCUGUUUGGAAACGAUUGGUUGGUCCUUCAAACGCCUUAAAGGACAUAGUGUCUCGUUCUCGUCAGAAUUUUGGUGGGAUAAACAUCCCGAAAAUGAAAGAAGAAGAUUUCAGGGCUAGAAGAAGAAAGUUUUAUCGAUUGGCCACAGAAGAAAAACCAAGUUUUCCGUUUCAAUGUAAAAACUUUUACAGUUACGUCAUGGAAAAUAAAGAGGUUGUAAAAACUUUAUCGUUAUUAUCUACUUGUACUCAAGACAUGAAGCAGGAUGUCACAAAUUUUUUGGCUGGAUGGAAACCUUACAGUGUUUUGUGGAGGAAUGAAAAAUCACAAAGAGAACUUUUAAAUAAUACGUUAAAUGAAUUUGAAUCAUCUUUAAGAAAACACAGCGAAUUAGACUCCCGAUUAUCAACUGAAUUAGAUGUUUUUCUUAUUGGAAAUAGCUUAGCAAUUUCAACUGAAAAAUUGAAAUAUGGGUUGAUAACAGAAAUUAAAUGUUGUACUCACAAAAUUGGUCAAGCAAUGAAGAAAAAGUACAAACGUGAAAUGGAUUACGUUUACGCUGUUAUAAACGAAAUGGGAAGGAAAUUAGAUAAACCACUCCGCGAUUUAGACGAUGUAAGAAUGAUAAUGGACACUUUGAAAAAAAUUAGAGAACAAGAAGUCGAUAUGGAUUUAAAAAUCGAACCGAUUGAAGAAGCUUUUAACGUUUUAACCCGUUACGAUAUAGAAAUUGAAAGAGAAACUUUAGAACACGUCGAUAAUCUUCCUUACACUUGGUCAAAACUUCUCAACAAAGCCCAAAAAGCACAAUGCAAACUUUUAGAUAUGCAACCGCAAUUUCAAGCUGAUCUAAAACAAAAUUUGGAACAAUUUAAAAAAGAUAAGAUCGAUUAUUGUAACGAAUAUAAAAAUGCUGGGCCAAUGGAAACUGGUUUGGCACCAAGAGAAGCUUCCGAUCGAUUAAUUCUUUUCCAAAAUCGUUUUGAGGGGAUGUGGAGAAAAUUGCAAACGUACCAAAGCGGUGAAGAACUUUUUGGACUCCCACAAACCGAUUAUCCAGAAUUUGCUCAAAUAAGAAAAGAAUUAAAUUUACUUCAAAAACUUUAUAAACUUUAUAACGAUGUAAUCGAUCGUGUUAGCUCAUAUUAUGAUAUUCCAUGGGGCGAUGUUAACAUCGAAGAAAUUAAUAACGAAUUAAUGGAAUUUCAAAAUCGAUGUAGAAAAUUACCGAAAGGUUUAAAAGAAUGGCCCGCUUUUUUUGCAUUGAAAAAAACUGUCGAUGAUUUUAACGAUAUGUGUCCAUUAUUAGAAUUGAUGGCAAAUAAGGCGAUGAAACAGCGUCAUUGGCAAAGAAUUAUGGAUGCGUUAAAUCAUAUUUUUGAAUUUGAUAACGAAGGAUUUUGCUUAAAACAUAUUUUAGAAGCACCACUAUUACAACAUAAGGAGGAUAUUGAGGAUAUUUGCAUUUCUGCUAUGAAAGAACGUGAUAUUGAAGCGAAAUUGCGCCAAGUAACAAAUGAGUGGUCACUUCAAGAGUUAACAUUUCAAGUGUUUAAUAACCGUGGUGAAUUAUUAUUGAGGGGAGAUACAACCGCGGAAACUAUUGGGCAAUUAGAGGAUAGCUUAAUGAUUUUGGGUUCUUUAUUAUCAAAUAGAUACAACGCACCUUUUAAGAAACAAAUUUCGCAAUGGGUGCAUGAUUUAUCGAAUACUAAUGAAAUUUUGGAACGAUGGUUGUUGGUGCAAAAUAUGUGGGUUUAUUUAGAAGCGGUUUUUGUUGGUGGUGAUAUUGCUAAACAACUUCCUAAAGAAGCUAAAAGAUUUUCAAAAAUUGAUAAAUCUUGGCAGAAAAUUAUGCAGCGAGCUCACGAAACACCUGGUGUUGUUUCAUGUUGUGUUGGCGAUGAUUUAUUAAAAAAUCUCCUUCCCCAUCUUCAAGAACAAUUAGAAAUUUGUCAAAGAUCGUUAAGUGGGUAUUUAGAGAAGAAACGAAUGAUGUUUCCAAGAUUCUUUUUCGUUUCGGAUCCAGCACUUUUAGAAAUUUUGGGGCAAGCUUCCGAUUCGCACACAAUUCAAAAUCAUUUAUUAUCAAUAUUUGAUAAUACAAAGUUCGUUAAAUUCCACGACAUCGAAUACAACAAAAUGACGGCGAUUAUUUCAUCAGAGGGUGAAUUAAUACAAUUAGAAAAAGCUGUUAGAGCUGAAGGAAGCGUUGAAAUUUGGUUGCAACAAUUAUUACUUAUGGCACAAAUGUCUUUACAUUCAAUUAUAAGGCAGGGUUAUGUUAUGUUGAUGGAUUCAAAUUUUAACCUUUUAAUGUUUUUGGAUAAAAUGCCAGCACAAAUUGGACUGUUGGGUUUACAAAUAAUUUGGACUAGGGAUGCUGAGUUAGCUUUAAUGCAAGCGAGGCAUGAUAAAAAAAUUAUGGCAGAAACGAAUAAUAAAUUCCUCGAACUUUUAAAUACGCUAAUUGAUCAAACAACGAGGGAUUUAACAAAAAUCGAACGCACAAAAUUUGAAACUUUAAUUACCAUUCAUGUGCAUCAAAGAGAUAUUUUUGAUAUUCUUUGUAGAUUAAACGUACGACAUGUUAAUGAUUUUGAGUGGUUAAAACAAUGCCGAUUUUAUUUUAAAGAAGAUCAAGAUAAAACGUUAAUUAUUAUAACAGAUGUUAUUUUUUCUUAUCAAAAUGAAUAUUUAGGUUGCACCGAUCGAUUAGUUAUUACACCCUUAACUGAUAGGUGUUAUAUCACGUUAGCGCAAGCUUUAGCUAUGAGUAUGGGUGGAGCACCUUGUGGUCCUGCUGGAACUGGGAAAACAGAAACUGUUAAAGAUAUGGGUAAAACUUUAGCUAAAUAUGUCGUUGUUUUUAAUUGCUCCGAUCAAAUGGAUUAUCGCGGUUUAGGAAGGAUUUAUAAAGGAUUAUCCCAAUCGGGAACCUGGGGUUGUUUUGAUGAAUUCAAUCGAAUUGAACUUCCCGUUUUAUCCGUAGCCGCUCAACAAGUCGCGGUUGUACUUUCAGCGAAAAAAGAAAAGAAAAGAUCAUUUACGUUUACCGAUGGGGACAUCGUUGAGAUGUGCCCAGAAUUUGGAAUUUUCAUUACAAUGAAUCCGGGUUAUGCAGGAAGAAAAGAACUCCCAGAAAACCUGAAAAUUCAAUUUAGAACCGUUGCUAUGAUGGUUCCAGAUCGUCAAAUUAUCAUAAGAGUGAAAUUAGCUAGUUGUGGGUUUUUAGAAAACAUAACUUUAGCAAGAAAAUUUUACACCCUUUAUAAACUUUGCGAAGAACAACUAACAAAGCAAGUUCAUUACGAUUUUGGUCUCAGAAAUAUUUUAUCUGUUUUAAGAAGUUUGGGGGCGGCGAAAAGGGUUAAUCAAAAAGAUACGGAAAGUACGAUUGUUAUGAGAGUUUUAAGGGAUAUGAAUCUCUCAAAAUUAAUCGAUGAGGAUGAGCCGUUAUUUAUUUCGUUAGUGGCUGAUUUAUUUCCAAAUCAAUCGUUAGAAAAAACGUGUUACCCCGAAUUAGAAGAAGCAAUUAACGCACAAGUUGAAGAAGCUAACUUAAUUAAUCACCCAUCAUGGACUUUGAAACUAAUCCAAUUAUAUGAAACUCAAUGCGUUCGACAUGGUAUUAUGACCCUAGGUCCUAGUGGCGCAGGAAAAACAACUUGCAUUCAAACUUUAAUGAGAUCAUUAACUCAAAUGGGAAAUGUCCAUCGCGAAAUGCGCAUGAAUCCUAAAGCUAUAACAGCAUCACAAAUGUUUGGUAGGUUGGAUGUUGCAACUAAUGAUUGGACGGAUGGGAUAUUUUCAGCUUUAUGGAGGAAAACUUUAAAAAUGAAAUCAAACGAAUACGUUUGGUUAGUUUUAGAUGGUCCAGUUGAUAGUAUUUGGAUUGAGAAUCUAAAUUCAGUGUUAGAUGAUAAUAAAACAUUAACAUUAGCAAACGGAGAUAGAUUAACAAUGUCACCAACUUGCAAAAUAAUUUUUGAACCCCACAACAUUGAUAACGCAUCUCCCGCAACCGUAUCUAGAAAUGGAAUGGUUUAUAUGAGUGCUUCCGGUUUAACUUGGAAACCAGUAGUGCGAGGAUGGUUAAAAAAACGUAGCCCUAAAGAACAAGAAAUUUUCGAUAAUUUAUUCGAAAUAUCUUACGCGUCUUUAUACACUUGGACCUCACAAAAUUUAUGUUUCGUUAUGGAUGUGCUUCAUGCAAAUGUAACUUUGCAAAUAUUAAAUCUUUUGGAGGGUUUAGUUCCAAUUCAAAUACUCCCAGAAAAAGAACAAGCCUUAUCAGAAAACGGCGAAGAUGACGACUUCACAGAAGAUGACACAAAAGAAGAGGAAUUUAAACUUUUCACCGAUGAACAUCUCGCGAAAUUAUACGUUUUUGCUUUAGCAUGGGGAUUCGGUGGAUUUCUAGAAACCGAUGAUCGACAUAAAUUCGAUUCUUAUUUAAAAGAAAAUUUGAAAGAUGAAUUAAAUCUUCCUAUUAAUAAUUCAAAAAAUCGCGAUGCUAUCUUAUUUGAUUAUGUAGUCUCGAAAAAUGGUGAUUGGGAAUUAUGGAGUAAUCGAGUCACCAAUUACGUUUACCCAGAAAAUACAACACCCGAGUACGCAUCAAUUUUAAUCCCAAUCCCAGAUAAUGUCAGAAUCGACUUCCUAAUCAACAUAAUAGUAAAACAACAAAAAGCUGUUUUAUUAAUUGGUGAAGGAGGAACAGCAAAAACGGUUAUGAUGAAAAAUUAUAUGAAAAAAUCAAACCCCGAACUUUAUCUCAUGAGAAAUGUUAAUUUUUCAAGUGCUACAACACCAUUUCAAUUUCAAAAAACGAUCGAGAGUUUUAUAGAAAAACGUAUGGGAAACACUUUUGGCCCACCAAGUGGUAAAAAAAUGAUGGUUUUUAUCGAUGAUAUUAAUUUACCAGAAAUAAAUUGUUGGGGUGAUCAAAUUACGAAUGAAAUAGUCCGACAAACGAUGGAUACAAAUGGGUUUUAUAGUUUGGAAAAACCUGGUGAAUUCACCACGAUAAUUGACGUACUUUUUUUGGGCGCAAUGGGACAUCCCGGCGGUGGGCGAAACGAUAUCCCGGCCAGAUUAAAACGACAAUUUUGUAUUCUUAAUUGCCCAAUCCCAUCAGAUGCUUCAAUCGAUAAAAUUUUCACCGUAAUCGGAACUGGAUAUUACAACAUCAAAAGAGGAUUUACCCCCGAAGUACGAAAUUUAGUGAAAAAAUUAAUACCAUUGACUCGAGUACUUUGGAAAACAACCCGAUCUAAUUUACUUCCAACCCCAGCGAAAUUCCACUACAUUUUUUCGUUGCGAGAUCUCUCAAGGAUUUGGCAAGGACUGGUUGGUACGUUAUCAACAGUUAUUGAAUCAGAAGGUUGUAUGAUGGUUCUUUGGAAACAUGAAUGUACCAGAGUUUUUGCGGAUCGUUUAACUGUUAUGGACGAUAAAAAUUGGUUCGAUAAUAAAUUAUUAGGUAUAGUUGAAUCUGAAUUAGGCGAAGAAAUGAGAAUUAAAACAGAACCAACACCAGUUUUUGUUGAUUUUAUGAGAGAUGCCCCAGAACCAACUGGAGAUGAAGGCGAAGACGCCGACAUGGAAUUACCAAAAGUUUACGAACCAGUUAUCAACAAUGACGAGUUAAGAGAACGUUUAGAUAUGUUUUUGGCACAAUUUAAUGAGAUGGUCCGAGGAUCUGGAAUGGAUUUGGUUUUUUUCCCGGAUGCAAUGUGGCAUUUAGUGAAAAUAUCUCGAGUAAUCCGACAUCCACGAGGAAAUGUAAUGUUAGUAGGUGUCGGUGGGAGUGGGAAACAAUCAUUAACAAAAUUAUCUUCUUUUAUUGCUGGGUACAAAACCUUCCAAAUAACGUUAACAAGAUCUUAUAACCUUACUAAUUUCUUAGAAGAUCUUAAAGCUUUAUAUAGAUCUUGUGGUGGCCAAGGGAAAGGAACAACAUUUAUUUUUACCGAUUUAGAUAUAAAAGAAGAAGCAUUUUUAGAAUACUUAAAUAACAUAUUAUCAUCAGGAAGUAUAUCCAACUUAUUUACUAAAGAUGAACAAGCUGAAAUAAUCCAAGAAAUAUCACCUUUCAUGAGAAGAGAAAAUCCUAAAAGAACAAUUAACCCAGAACUCGCAAUGGAAUUCUUUAUGAAUAGAACAUGUCAAAAUUUGCAUGUUGUUUUUUGUUUCUCACCAGUAGGUGAAAAAUUUAGAAGUCGAGCUUUACGAUUUCCAGCUUUAAUCAGCGGAUGCACAAUUGAUUGGUAUCAACCAUGGCCAAAAGACGCUUUAAUAGCCGUAGCUGAUCAUUUCUUAUCAGAUUUUGCAAUAGAAUGCACCGAUGAAAUCAAAAAUGAACUCGUACAAGCUUUGGGUUCAAUUCAAGACAUCGUUUCGAUAACAUCCGUUGAAUAUUUUCAAAGAUUUCGUCGUGCUACUCACGUUACACCCAAAUCUUAUUUAAAUUUUAUCGCCGGUUAUAAAAGUAUUUAUAAACUAAAACAACAAGAAUUAAACGAUGGGGCGUUAAGAAUGGAUACUGGGUUGGAAAAAUUGGCUGAAGCUUCAGGAUCUGUAGAGGUUUUAAAAAAAGAUUUAGCUGUAAUGGAAAAUGAAUUAGUUGAAGCUUCUCGAAAAGCUGAACGAGUUUUGACUGAAGUUACAGAAAAAGCGUUACAAGCUGAAGAAGUAAAAAAUCAAGUUUUAAUUGUGAAAGAUAAAGCUGAGUUAUUAGUACAGCAGAUUGCUGUUGAAAAAGGAAAGGCGGAAGAAAAAUUAGAAGAUGCAAAACCAGCCUUGGAGGAAGCUGAAGCUGCGUUGAAUACUAUAAAACCAGCUCAUAUUGCAACUGUAAGAAAAUUAGGAAGACCUCCACACCUCAUAAUGCGAAUCAUGGAUUGCGUUUUAAUCCUAUUUCAAAAAAAAAUACAUCCAGUCGUUCCAGACAACGCAGCUCCUUGUCCAAAACCAUCUUGGCCUGAAUCGUUAAAAUUAAUGGCAUCUGCAACUUUCCUUCUUCAACUUCAAAAUUAUCCGAAAGAUAUGAUCAACAACGAAAUGGUCGAAUUAAUGGAACCUUAUUUUGAAAUGGAAGAUUACAACAUGGAUACAGCAAAAAGAGUUUGCGGUGAUGUUGCCGGUCUUUUAUCAUGGACUAAAGCAAUGGCUUUCUUUCAUAGCGUUAAUAGAGAAGUACUUCCACUAAAAGCUAAUUUAACAUUACAAGAAGCUCGUUUGAAAGUGGCGAUGGAAGAUUUAGCGAACGCCGAGCGUCAAUUAGAAGAAAAAGAAAUGUCUUUGAAAGCUGUUAAAGAUCAAUAUGACACUGCGGUAGAUGAAAAGCAAAGGUUGACGGAUGCUGCUAAUUCUUGUUUAAGAAAAAUGAACACCGCAACUGCUUUAAUUAACGGAUUAGGUGGCGAAAAAAUAAGAUGGACUAGUCAAAGUAAGGAAUUUAAAGCGCAAUUAGGACGAUUGGUUGGCGAUGUUUUAUUAGCAACUGGAUUUUUAUCUUAUUGUGGCCCUUAUAAUCAAGAAUUUCGAUUAAAUUUAGUGAAUACCUGGAUGGAAAUUUUAGAAACACGCCAAGUUCCUUACACAAAAAAAAUAAAUAUUACAAAUAUGUUAGUUGAUAGUUCAACAAUUUCUGAGUGGACAUUACAAGGGCUCCCAAAUGAUGAACUUUCAGUACAAAAUGCUUUAAUUGUUACAAAAUCUAGAUCUUAUCCACUCUUAAUUGAUCCACAAACACAAGGAAAAAUGUGGAUUAAAAAUAAAGAACAAAACAACAAUCUUCAAAUAACUUCAUUGAAUCAUAAAUAUUUUAGGACUCACCUUGAGGAUUGUUUAUCUUUAGGAAGACCUUUACUUAUUGAAGAUAUUGAUGUGGAAUUAGAUCCAGUAUUAGAUAACGUGUUAGAAAAGAAUUUUAUUAAAUCAGGCUCAAUUGAAAAAGUUAUUGUUGGUGAUAAAGAAUGUGAUGUAUUAAAAGGAUUUAUGCUUUAUAUUACAACAAAAUUACCAAAUCCUCCUUAUUCCCCAGAAGUUAGUGCGAAAACAUCAAUAAUUGAUUUUACGGUUACUCGAAGAGGUCUUGAAGAUCAACUUUUAGGCAGAGUUAUUUUAAUGGAAAAAACUGAUCUUGAAGCGGAAAGAGUUGCAUUAUUUGAAUCUGUAAUGCAAAAUCAAAGGAGUAUGAAAGAAUUAGAAGCCAAUUUAUUAUAUCGUUUAAAUUCAACAAAAGGAUCAUUAGUUGAUGAUGAAGAAUUAAUAAAUGUUCUUCAAGUAACUAAAGUUACAGCAGAAGAAGUUACUCAAAAAUUAUCGGUUUCAGUUCACACUGAAAAAAAAAUUAAUAUAGCAAGAGAAGAAUUUAGACCAGUUGCAGCUCGCGGAUCAAUUCUUUACUUUUUAAUCGUAGAAAUGAGUAUGGUUAAUGUUAUGUAUCAAAACUCUUUAAAACAAUUUUUAUCAAUUUUUGAUAAUUCUAUCACAAAAUCAACAAAAAGUACAGAUACUCAAGAAAGAAUUGAUAUCAUUUUAAAAUAUUUAACUUAUGAAGUGUGGAAAUUUACUCAAAGAAGUUUAUAUGAAAGGCACAAAUCAUUAUUUACUUUGAUGAUGGCUAUAAAAAUUGAUCUACAGAAAGGGCAUAUUAGCCACGAUGAGUUUAUGACCUUUAUUAAAGGUGGAGCUUCUUUAGAUUUAAAUGCUGUACAACCGAAACCUUUCAGAUGGAUUUUAGACAUAACCUGGCUAAAUUUAGUCGCAAUUCAUAAAUUAACAAUAUUUUCGGAUAUUUUACAAAAAAUCGAACGGAAUGAACGCGAAUGGAGGAUUUGGUACGAAAAAGAAAAGCCGGAGGAAGAAGAUAUUCCUUGUGGUUAUCAAAAAUCUUUGGAUGUUUUUAGAAAAUUGUUAUUAAUUAGAUCUUGGAGUCAAGAUAGAACAUUAUCACAAGCAAAAAAAUAUAUUAUGGAUUCUUUAGGAAAUGAAUAUGGCGAAGCUUGUAUUUUGAAUUUAGAAGAAACCUGGGUGGAAUCAGAACCGGAUGCGCCAUUAAUUUGUAUUUUAUCAAUUGGUUCUGAUCCAUCACCGCAAAUAACAGCUUUAGCUAAAAUAAAAGAUAUUCCAUUAAAAGCUGUUUCAAUGGGUCAAGGUCAAGAAGUCGUUGCAAGAGAUAUGUUGGAAACUUCAAUGGCAAAUGGAGGUUGGGUUUUACUUCAAAAUAUUCAUUUAUCGUUACCAUUUGCAACGGAAAUAAUGAGUAUGAUGUUGGAAAAUGAAAAUAAACACGAAACUUAUCGAUGUUGGUUAACAACGGAAGUUCACGAACAAUUUCCGAUAGGUUUAUUACAAAUGGCUAUAAAAUUUACGAACGAACCUCCUCAGGGAAUUCGAGCUAGUAUGAAACGAACGUAUCAAAGUAUUACACAAGAUUAUUUAGAUUAUUCUGCACAACCUCAAUGGCCACCACUUCUUUACGCGGUAGCUUUUCUUCAUACGGUUGUUCAAGAGCGAAGAAAGUUUGGACCAUUAGGUUGGAAUAUUCCUUAUGAAUUUAAUCAAGCUGAUUUUGCUGCUUCCGUUCAAUUUAUUCAAAAUCAUCUUGAUGAUAUGGAUCCGAAGAAAGGUGUUUCAUGGCCAACUGUGUGUUAUAUGUUAGGUGAAGUUCAAUAUGGCGGAAGAGUUACUGAUGAUUUUGAUAAGAGGUUGUUAACAACAUUUACUCAAGUUUGGUUUUGUGAUGUUUUAUUAAGACAAGGUUUUGAAUUUUAUAAAAAUUAUAAAGUACCUCAAACAAGAAAUUUGCAAGGUUAUAUCGAUUACAUAAAUGGUUUACCAACUGCUGAUUCACCCGAAGUUUUUGGACUUCAUGGAAACGCGGAUAUUACUUAUCAAAUAAACACAGCUAAAGGUAUAUUGGAUACCGUUUUAAAUGUUCAACCUAAAGAAGGUGGAAGCGCCGGUGGGGAAACUCGUGAAAGUGUUGUUUAUAGUUUAGCUGAAGAUAUGUUAGAAAAAUUACCGACACCUUACGUAGGAUUUGAAGUUAGAGAAGCAUUACAAAGAAUGGGUCCUUUACUUCCAAUGAAUAUAUUUCUUAGACAAGAAAUUGAUAGAAUUCAAAGAGUUAUUAUGGAGGUUAAGUCAACUUUAUGUGACUUAAAACUUGCUAUAGAUGGCACAAUAGUUAUGAGUCAAGGUUUAAGAACAUCAUUAGAUUCAAUGUAUGAUGCAAGAAUUCCAGAAAGGUGGCUAAAAAUUUCUUGGGAAUCAGCAACGUUAGGUUUCUGGUAUACAGAACUUCUCGAAAGAGAUCACCAAUUUAGAACUUGGUUAAACAAUGGAAAACCAAAUGUUUUCUGGAUGACCGGAUUUUUUAAUCCACAAGGAUUUUUAACAGCAAUGCGUCAAGAUGUUACGCGAGCCCAUAAAGGUUGGGCUUUAGAUUCAGUAGUUUUACAAAACUUAAUUACAAAAUAUAAUAAGGAAGAUUUAAGAGAUGGUCCUGCUGAAGGGGUUUAUGUCCACGGAUUGUUUUUGGAAGGUGCUAGUUUGGAUAGAAAAUCGGGAAAAUUAAUUGAAAGUAAACCUAAAGUAUUAUACGAACAAAUGCCUGUUAUUUAUAUUUUUGCUAUUAAUACAACCGCUGGUAAAGAUCCUAAGUUAUAUGAGUGCCCAAUUUAUAGAAAACCCCAACGUACCGAUUUAAAAUAUGUUGGAUCGAUUGAUUUUGAAACCGAUCAUAAUCCUAGGCAUUGGACUUUGAGAGGUGUUGCUCUUUUAUGUGAUAUUAAAUAAAAAAGCAAAUUCAAAGUAUUUAUAAAAAUAUUUGUUAUCUAAAGAAAUUAUUAUUUAAUUUUAAUGUACGAUAGAUCCUUUUUUGAGA